AUGGGAUCUGCAACCUUUGAGCUUGCCGGUCGGCAGUUCCCCCGUGUGACAUGGUGGAAGGAUCCCGGCAUGCGCAAGACGUACAUCUGUCUGAUGUUCGUGGUGUUAACUUCGGCCACCAACGGUUACGAUGGAUCUAUGAUGAACGGGCUCCAGACCCUGGACUACUGGCAGGAAUAUUUCAACCACCCGUCGGGGUCUCUUUUAGGUAUUCUCAGCGCGAUCAUGUCGCUGGGGUCAUUGGCCGCCCUGCCCGUCGUGCCCUAUACUGCCGAUCUUCUGGGGCGUCGAAUGGGCGUUUUGAUCGGUUGUUCGGUCAUGAUUUUGGGAGUAGUCCUGCAGAGUGUCAGUGCCAACUACGGCAUGUUUCUGGCCGCUCGAUUCUUGAUUGGAUUUGGCGUGGCCAUUGCCCACGGUGCCUCUCCUCUGCUCAUCGCCGAACUAGUGCACACGCAGCACCGCGCUGUUUUUACCACCAUCUAUAACACAACGUGGUACUUGGGUGCCAUUGUCGCAGCAUGGCUUACGUUCGGCACCAACAACAUCAAGAGCAACUGGGCUUGGCGGGCCCCGACCAUCGUCCAGGCAGUGCCCUCGGUUCUCCAGAUUAUCUUCAUCUGGUUCGUGCCGGAGUCGCCUCGAUUCUUGAUUUUCAAGGGCAAGAACGAGCAAGCGCUCAAGGUGCUGGCCGACUGCCACGCCAAUGGCGACCAAAUGGAUGAGGUGGUCCAACUGGAAAUGCACGAGAUCAAGGAGACCAUCCGACUGGAGAAGGAAUUUGAGAGCAGCAACUGGAUGGAGCUGAUCCGCACCAAGGGCAACCGCCACCGUAUGAUCAUCUGCAUCUCUGCCGGUCUGUUCUCGCAGUGGUCGGGCAACGGGCUGGUGUCGUACUAUAUCGCCAAGAUCCUGGAGUCGAUCGGCUACACCAGUUCCGUCGAGCAGAACCUGAUCAACGGCUGUCUUCAGAUCAUGAACUUCAUCGUCGCUCUGACGAUGUGCUUCUUCGUGGACAAGAUCGGUCGCCGCAAGCUCUUCCUCGUCUCCACCGCUGGCAUGCUGGUCGCCUUCAUCGUCUGGACGAUUUGCUCCGCGCGCUAUGACCUCUCGCAUACGUCUGGAACGGCCAACGCGGUCGUCGCUAUGAUCUACGUCUACUACCUCUUCUACAACAUCGCCUGGUCUGGUCUUCUGGUCGGAUACACAGUGGAGAUCCUCCCGUACAGUAUCCGUGCCAAGGGAAUGACCGUGAUGUGGUUCUGUAUUGACGCUGCCCUCUUCUUCAAUCAGUACAUCAACCCGAUCGCGCUGGACAACAUCGGCUGGAAAUACUACAUCUUCUACUGCGUGUGGCUAGGCUUUGAACUGACUGUCGUCUGGUUCUUCUACAUCGAAACGCGCAAGACCCCGCUGGAGGAAAUCGCCAAGUACUUUGACGGUGACAAGGCGAUGGUCGGAGGCGCCGCGGGCACCGAGAAGGCCAAGGAGCUGGUGACGACGCUGCACUUCGAGGAGACGGUGACCAGCGAGACCGGGAAGGACGGCGGCGUGGUCAACGAGAAGACCGGGUGGCGUGACCUGAGCUCUCCCACCUCGACCUCCCCAAGUAUCGGUCCGGUCUUGUCUUGUCUUAUCCUGCCUGCAUCCCACUUCCAUCGAUCGAUCCAUGUGAACGCAAUCAAGCCACUGGACCGGAUUGAACGACCGGUUCGGUGGGCACAAUCCCCGAGAAUAAGAUCCUCUACCUUACGCAAAAGACAACCUCCAGCAUCGCAGUCACCAUGGUGCGUCCAGCAUCCCCAUCUUCAAUUCCACCUCUCCUCUACAUUAGACUACACUACACUCUACAUCCCAAUCCACCCCAGCCGAUCCCAGAAAAGAAACGAAAAAGAAACAAGAGCUAAACAAACCACACAGCCUCCCAAACUCACCCGCGGCGCCAAACAAUCCCUCAUCAUCACCUACCUCCAAUCCACGCAAACCUGCCACACCUUGAAAGAGCUCGAGAAAUCGCUCCCCCCGGUGGCCUCGAUCCCCGGGAUGCAGGUGAAAGAGUUCAUCCAGGAACUGGUGGACGAGAACCGGAUCCGCGUGGAGAAGAUCGGCAGCGGGAACUGGUACUGGAGUUUUGCGGGGGACGAGCGAGGCGAGAAGGAGCGGGCGCGGAACGAAGUAAAGAAUGAGGUGGAGCGGGCGCGGCUUGGAUACGGAAAGACGGCGGGCAGGUUGGCACAGCGCAGGGGGGAGAUGCAGCGGGAGCGGGAGGAACAGGCAACAGGACAAAAGGAGGUGGAGGAGUUGAGGGGGGAGUUGGUGGGGAGGAAGGAAGCGUUGGAAGAAGAGUGGAAACGGGUGAGAGAGGUGAAGAAGAUGGGGGAAGGAGUAGAUGGAGAGGAGGGGAAAAGCGUGCCGGAGAUGAAGGCAGAGACGGAGAGAUUCCGAGCGGAGGCGCAGAUGUGGACGGACAACGUUUACGUGCUGGAGGGAUACCUGCGUCGCCUGGCCGGAGGGGAUCGGGAGAUUAUCACAGCAGUGCAGCGCGAGUGUUACGGCGAGGAGUACGUGGAGGGGGAGGGAUUGCGCGAGAUAUGA